UGAUGAUUGUCUUUGGGCUCCCCAUUCCGGAAAUCCGGAUGGAUCAUGGCCUGAUCGGGCUCAAUUUGGGUCGGGCAGGGAUCGUCACUUUCUACAAGUGCAAUGUAUUGUGUCUGUGAUGUGAUGAUCCUUCUGAUAUGCGGAGUGGUGAGACGGGGCCUGGAGAGUUCGGGGGUCGCCGUGAGGGUGAACCAACAGCAGGUGUUUAGGUUUAUCUUCUCAGAGGGCAGUGUUAUGCCAGCUUAAAUUAGGGCGAGAUGAUAUAUAGCUUCCGACGGCACUUUGCUUCCCUCAGCAACGUGCUCACGGGCACCAUCUCUCUCGGAUUUGUUGCUGAGGACCUACUAUACCACCCCUCUCUCAAAUCUCAACCUUGAUAUCGGUGGUCAUUGAAAACCAUCACCCAUCAAAAUGCCCUCCCUCACGAGAACACUCCUCCGCCUCCUCCUCACCCUAUCCCUGACACCAACCACCCUCGCAGCACCCACCACCCCCUCCUCCCUUACCACCAGGAACCUCCUUUCCCACCGCGCCGUCGUCUUCACCCAGGCCUCCUCCUCCUCGCCAGACGGCACAUACAUCAAAGACGACUACUGCGGCGAAGCCAAACCGUCCUACACCACCACCACCACCACCUCUUCCUCUUCCUCCCCGCUCGCGGCGGACUGUGUGGCGCUGUACAACGCCAACCCGGGGCCGGGGUACUGGACCAUCUCAACAGCAGCGAAGGGCGGCGAGGACGGGUGGGUGAGGCUGGGGCAGAGCGGGUCGUGCGCCUUUGAGGUGCGCUGGAAUGAGAAUGGGGAGGGUGUGGGGGAGUAUAAGUUCGGGACGAAUGAUUUGCGGUUUUAUAUCCGUGCAUAUGUGGAACGGGCGCCGCAGGGGCAGGUGGUUGAGGGGAGGGUUGGCGUGAGCAGUACGGUCUGGUGUGAUACCGGGCGGGGGAUGGGGUUUGUGGAUUGGCGGGUUGUACUGGCUUGAAUACAAUACCUGGGGGUUUUGGAACUUGGGGGAUGGGAUGGGAUGUGUAGGACGGGCAGUUGGACUGGGAUUUGAUGUGUUGAUGAGAGAGAGAGAAAGGUUGUUUGGGCAGUACGGUGAAGCGUGGUGGAUCAGGAUGGGAAUUCGGCUCGGAAGAUCAGUGUCAGUAGGGCUGACUUAGGCGGAUGCAUACGUCCAUGCUGGACUGAUUUCUCGAUGAACACUGCGAGUUCUAGGAUACCAUUGCUAUCCCUCACAUCCAUCUAACGAUAGAUAGGGGACGUAGUUUGUCCGAAUGAUCAACUGUUAGCCCACCACAGCACCCUAGGUUUCAACGCUAGCUUAUUUUUGGCCGCCCACAUGCAUCAGCUCAUG